UCCCCGGCGGGGACGCGCGGCCUGUGCCCGCGGGGCCGGGAAGUCCGGGGCGGGCCCGCGGGAGCGCUCGGUGGCCCCGCCGGGCCCCCGGAGCCGCCCGGCGCCGCGACAGCCCCCGACCCCGCGCGUGUGUGCGUGCGUGCGUGUGUGUCUGUGUGUGUCUCUGUGUGUGUUUGUGUGUGUCGCGGUUGUGCAGCACGAAAUUCCUCCCGCCGCCCCGCCCGCUCCUCCCUCGUCCUGUCGCAACUCGCACGAGUGCGCGGCCACCUCCUUGCCGCGGGUGCUCGGUCCACUCGGCCACCAUGGGGAAUGGGAUGAACAAGAUCCUGCCCGGGCUGUACAUCGGCAACUUCAAAGAUGCCAGGGAUGCGGAGCAGCUGAGCAAGAACAAAGUGACGCAUAUCUUGUCUGUCCAUGACAGCGCCCGGCCUAUGUUGGAGGGAGUUAAGUACCUGUGCAUUCCGGCAGCCGAUUCACCGUCUCAGAACCUGACAAGGCAUUUCAAAGAAAGUAUCAAGUUCAUUCACGAGUGCCGGCUUCGGGGUGAGGGCUGUCUCGUCCACUGCCUGGCCGGCGUCUCCAGGAGCGUGACGCUGGUCAUCGCCUACAUCAUGACCGUCACCGACUUCGGCUGGGAGGACGCCCUGCACACCGUGCGGGCCGGCCGCUCCUGCGCCAACCCCAACCUGGGCUUCCAGAGGCAGCUGCAGGAGUUCGAGAAGCACGAGGUCCAGCAGUACCGGCAGUGGCUGAAGGAGGAGUUUGGCGAGAGCCCCCUGCGGGACGCAGAAGAAGCCCAGAGCAUCCUGGGUAAAUAUAAGGAGCAGGGGCGCGUGGAGCCGCCGCCCGGCGCCAGGCGGUGGAGCAGCCUCCAGGCCCUGCCGCUGGCCUACGGCGACUACAGCACCGAGACCUAACGCCCGGCCCUGGGCCGCCGCCGCCCCCCGCCCGCUUUCCUGCGCGCCUUCCUGCUGCCGGUGCCCUGGACGACAGCACAGCCGGGGCGCAGUGGACUCGCGCGCGCGCGCCUGCCCUGCUGCGCCCGACCCCGCCCGCCCGCCUGAGGCCCAGGUCCCUCCCCUGGGUGCCCCCCACCCCGCCCCCCGCCCCGCCUGGGCUUGCUGCUGCGUGUGGGCGACUGUGCAUGCGCGGUGAGCUCUGGGCGCGGGCCCUGGUGGACAGGCAACGACGCCCGCAUCAGCAUCUCCAUCCUCGCCUGCCGGAGGCACCGCAGGGAAGGCGGAAGGCGACGCUGCCCCCAAACAAGGGCGGGGGGGGGGGGGGGGGAGAGUGCGGGGACCAGGCUGCCUCUCCAGGGGUCCUGGAAAGGUGUGUGUGGUGGUGGGGGGGGGGUUAAUGAUAGUUCCCCCUGCCCGGAAACCUUAGUGUUUGAUCUGGGCCAUGCUGGCCGCCAGCCUGGGUGCCUGGCGCGGUCCCCUGCGGCCUCACGCUCACAGCCUCCCCACCUUCGGCCUGGCUGGACGGGCAAGGGGCAGGCUCCCAAGCACUGGGGGCUUUGUGCGUCUGUGGCGGGCUUGGUCUCCGGUCUCAGCUACCUCACGCAGGGGCUUUCGUCCUUCCUGUCCUCUGCCCCCGAGAGGAGGCCGGUCACAAAGUCUCCGGAAGCCCAGGGCACUGCGUCUGUGUCUUUGAGAUCUCUAAAGUCUUCCAUCGGGUGGGGACGGAGGGGAGACACCCCCCCCCCCCCCGUCCCCAGCCCAGGCCAGCCGGCCAGGGGGGUUGGGUGCAAGGGACCGCGGGAGAACUGCAGGCGAUUCUUGGCACGUGGCACCACAUGGGUGACAGUGUGGUGAGUCCCCCCUGGAGAGAAGCCGCCGGGCCCGGGGACGUAGCUUGGGAGGGCACAGGCAGGCUUGGCCUGAGUGAGGCCCCGGUGCCACCCCGGCCCCUCCGAGCACUGCUGGGUGUGGCCCCAGUAAGGACUGAACAAAGCUCCAGGCCACGUGUGUCCCAAAGUGGACGCGCCCCGAACAGCAAGCGGAAGCAGACCCUCGAGUUAUUCCGCCCGCGGCCCCGACAGUGCUCCCCUUGAAGUACAUUUUCUUGCCACCAAAAAGAAAUAUAAUUAGGCGAACAGGAAAAAAAAGGGCCGAGGACCGACCCCGGCCCGGCGCUGCGGCCUCGAGCGUGGAAAGUGCCCCUUGGGGGGCAGGGUCUGGAGAUGCCGCCUGGACGCUGGUUGCCAGUCCUGUCCUUUCUCCACAGCUGCUCCGGGCCUUCUGAAGUACUGGGCCUUUCUCCGAAGACUGUCCCGUCCCUGAAGUGUCUGAAACGUGGCCGCGCCUCAGAGCUGAGGCUGGUGCUGCCAAAAACAUAAAUAAAUAAAUGAAUAAAUGAUGAUGAUCAUAGCCAGGAAAGCGACCUCCUCGAGGGUCGUUUUCUUCUUCCGCCCCCGUAGCAGAGAGAAUCCCGACACGCGUGUUUCAUCUUGCACUGUCCCCGCGGUGUGCGUGGGGGCCUCGGGCGCGCGUGAGCCAGGGAGGGGCCCGUCCCCGAGGGCAGGGCGCCGGGCCCUGUGUGGCAAUCCCCCGCGGCCUCUCCUGAGGCCCCGGGAGGCUGCGUAAGCGGCCCCCGUGACCCCACGGUCCUCCUCCAGCCAGGGAAGGAGCCCUCAGCACGUUCCCUCCGGGCUGCGCUCUCCAGGGCGGAAUUUUCACCGCCGAACUCCCCGUGUCUGUCAAUAAAGGGCGACUCGACCAA